CCAAUAUGAUUCACCUGAAAAUCUUCCCAAACAGAGAACAAGUUUUCAAGGAAUGUUUUCAAUUAUAGCCAUGUUACAGAAUCAUGCUUAAGAAGAGAAGGGCUCCGUCCCAGUACCCUCUAGGGUUGCAACGGUAUGAUAACCGUGUCAGAAAAUAUCACGGUAUCAUGGUAUACGGUAUUACACAAUUAUUAUUAUCAGUUACAAUGACCCUUAAAGGAGUGAAAACAGAAGUUUUUUUUUUUUUUUGUGGUUGAACCAACACUUUAUUAUAAUUGAAACUUGAAACUAUUUUUUUUUAUUAUUGAAGUAUGUGUAAAAAAAAAAUAAAAAUAAAAAGUCUCCCUUUUGAAAAUAAAUAGAAUAAUAAAGCUAACAGAAUUAUAAUAAUAAACCGAAUUAUAAACAUGAUAAAAAAACAGCAUGUAACUAUAACAUGUUAUAUAACUAAAGCAUGUUAGUUUACAUGUUAGCAUAGCAUGUUAAAUUAACUACUAAAUGAAAAAUAACAUCAGCUGUGUGAGCUUUUAAAGUAAUGUCCUAUGAUUAUUAAUAAUUAACAUAUACUGUAGGUGCAGGACAGUGCAGCCAGACUGCUCCUGUCUGUAACUUUAACUCAGUGGUUCUCAACUGGUUUUGCUUCAGGACCCAGAAUUUACAUCGGAAAUUAAGUGUAAAAACGUAACCUGUAUUUAAUGUAUCCGGGGUCGCAUUUCCUUUUAUGUUGCAUAGUUUUGUUCAUGGUUUUCAUGUACAAGGACAUGCAUCAAGUGACAUUAUUUUUGUUGUUGAUGUCAACAACAAAAUCUACAGGAAGUUUUCUCUCCCCCCUUUUAAAUAUUUAAGAACAUAUUUAAUUAUAUGAGCCCAUUAUUAUCCCGUUUGUUUCCUUAUUUCAAACAUCAUUCAAACAGAACAUACAUAUUACACAGGAGGAAAGGCUCCUCAUUACCAUGGCUAGGUAAGUGUAGCUAGUCUUAAUAGUAAUAAUAAUAACAAAUUAUAGUUUAUAUAAUUUUUGAUGUUGCUGUUGAUAUAAAAUGAGGUCUAAUAGAUUCUACCUUUAGAUUAUUUCAUAUGAAACGAUAACAUUUUGUCAAAAUAUAAGAGUUACUUUUACUCAUGUAAAAUUGUGAAACAAUUUUGUAAAGGUGAUUAUGUGUAAUGAUUUAAUUUUAUUUUUUGGUGCAUAGCACCGUGUUUCUCUUUUCCUCCUCUGUGCUGUUUGGCAUGUCAGGGCUGCCUGUUGUUUGAGAGGUUCGACUUGACUUCCUCCGUAACGCUUUAAACUAGAAAAGUCUCACUAGAAUUGAAAUUGGUCACAUCAGUUUUGAGGUCUGCGCUCCGCAAAUCGAGGGAAGCCCGGUUGUUGCACACGUGUGCCAGAGAGAAGAGCAAAUCAUUAGAGCGAACUGGCACCGUUACACUCGUGCGAAAGUGCAGAAGAGAAACCUUUAGCUGAUUGUGAGAUUAUCAUUAAAUUAGUUGACAAGUCUGACAGUCAGUCGAGGAGGAAAGCAGAUGUGCAUGCACAGAAAGAUGGCUUGGCACUAGCAGUGGUUGUCCAGUGUGUGUGAGCCGGUUGACGGCUCUGGGUCUGGUGUGAGAGAGACAGAGUGAGGAAGAGUGUGUGGAGAUGAAGGUGGGACAGAAGAACUCUGUGUGUAUCCUGUCUAGUCGAGAGUGGGGAGUACAAGGCCUCGGCUCACACAGGAUCCUACAACAGCUUGUGGAGGAAAAAACACAGCGCAUGAAAUGGCAGAGUCAGAAAGUGGAGUUACCAGACAGCCCCCGCUCGACCUUUCUAUUGGCCUUCAGUCCAGACAGUUCUUUAAUGGCUUCCACUCAUGUGAACCACAACAUAUAUAUCACAGAGGUUAAGACGGGGAGGUGCAUUCACGCUCUUGUGGGUCACCGCCGUACGCCCUGGUGCCUGACCUUUCACCCUAGCAUUCCUGGUCUCAUUGCCUCUGGCUGCCUGGAUGGAGAGGUCAGAAUCUGGGACCUGCAUGGUGGCAGUGAGAGCUGGUUUACAGAGAGUAACUCAGCAAUCGCAUCUCUUGCUUUCCAUCCUACGGCUCAACUGCUGCUCAUUGCCACCAACAAUGAGCUGCACCUAUGGGACUGGAGUCGGAGAGAGCCCUUCGCUGUGGUGAAGACCGCGAGCGAGACAGAGAGAGUUAGGUUAGUGCGAUUUGAUCCAUUGGGUCACUAUCUUCUGACUGCCAUUGUAAACCCUUCAAAUCAGCAGCAGAAUGAUGAUGAUCCUGAAAUUCCGAUGGAUAGUGUGGAGAUGCCUCAUUAUCGUCAGCGUUCCUUCCUGCAGUCCCAGCCUGUAAGGCGCACUCCCAUCUUGCACAAUUUCUUGCACAUUCUCACUUCACGUAACUCUGCACCUCAGGCCGGAGGCACUCUCCCUGCUAGAUCUGAUGAGGCCUCCGAUUCAUCAGGCCUCUCUUCUGGACGUUACACUGGUUUGAGGGAUCGUUCCCGGCUGUCAUACUAUGGCUGCGUUCGGCCACUUGGAAUGGUGUGUUUCUGCAGCCAUUGCUCAGCAACUAGGCCUCCAUUGCCACCUGAUGAUGACCCUUCAAACUCCAACUCCCUUGAGGGACAACCACAUGCAUCUACUUUUUCUUCUGCACGCACAGAGCCACGGUUACCACGGUUGCCAACUGAGUCUCGUCCUGCUAAUUGGCCUUCAGCAUUCAGCUGCAUGUAUGGUGGCGUGAACAAUUUACGGAACCUAUCUUCCAGCUAUGGGAGGAGGGGCGUGGCCAGAAUGGCACCCAACCCAAAUUGCCGGCAGCAGCCACUAGACAGGGAAGGUGGCGAGCAUCUCCCUGGGGCAGACUGGACAGGAAGUGUGUUUAAUGGACGAGGCGGUAGCAUGCCUCCUCCCAGAACCAGUGCUUCCUCCGUUGGUCUGCACUCUGUCCUGCGACCGCACAUGACUUCCAAUCAAUCAUCUGUUUACACCUCUGCUAGUAAUGGAUGGGGCUUUACUUCACCAGGGACAGGGGCUCACAACAGUAGCAGCUCAUCAGGGGCUAGCUCCAGCAGACACUGCCCGCCAAGGGAAGAGGGGCAUGGCAACCCUGCUUCCAUCCGCAAUGUUCUGCAAUGUAAUCUUAACCGCUAUUUUAUGGAGUAUGAGCGCAUGCAGGACCUAGUACAACCUCUAGAAGGCAUUCAUGGGGAGCGCAGCAGUCAGGAACAGCAGACUCAGGAAAUGCUGAAUAACAACAUGGAUCCAGAGCAACCAGGCCCAUCUCAUUACCAGCUAUCUUACAGUGGCGAAAACCCCUCCCGCAGUCAUCUGAACCACUGUAGAGUCUGCCACAACCUCUUCACCUACAAUCAGGGUACUCGGCGUUGGGAGAGAACCAGUCAGCCCGCAUCUGGUGAGGGAACCACAACUUUGCAACCUACUAGACCUACCUUCCACAGCUCGGCCUCAACCUCUCAGUCUGAUCUUCACCUCCCUGAGCCCAGCGCAGGUGUCCCUGAACCUGACAUACACUUUUCCCGCAGCACUGUUACUGAUCAGCAUGAGGAGCAGUCGGCUGGGUUGGUCUUCAACCAGCAAACUGGCCAGUUGGAGCGUGUUUACAGGCAGUCUGCCUCCUCUAGCUCAACGAAUUUAUCACAAGAUGCCUUAAACCAGGAAAUGCCUGAAGACACACCAGAUGAUGAUUACCUACGCAGGAGGCUGCUAGAGACAUCCCUGAUGUCUCUUUCUCGUUAUGACAUCUCUGGAUCACGGGACCACCCUAUCUAUCCUGACCCUGCCAGGUUGUCUCCUGCAGCAUAUUAUGCACAGCGUAUGAUCCAGUAUCUGUCUCGGCGUGAUGGCAUUCGGCAGCGCUCUCUCCGUCACCCCAGCAGACCCCGACCCCUCUCCUCUAAUCCAGACAGCCUCUCCCCUGGCCCCGCCCCCAGCGUAGAGAACAGCGAGGUUGAAUUUGAAGAGUUCGAGGACAAUGGAAGCAGACAUUGGGCUCCCCGUAAUGCACGUAUGUCUGCCCCCUCCCUUGGUCGCUUUGUCCCCAGACGGUUCCUCCUGCCUGAGUUUUUGCCAUAUGCUGGAAUCUUCCAUGAGAGAGGGCAGCCAGGCCUGGCAACACACUCAUCAGUCAAUAGAGUCCUUGCAGGUGCUGUUAUUGGGGAUGGUCAAUCUGCAGUGGCCAGCAACAUCGCGAACACAACCUAUCGUCUGCAGUGGUGGGACUUCACCAAAUUCGACUUGCCUGAGAUCAGUAAUGCUUCUGUAAACGUGUUGGUGCCCAACUGUAAGAUCUAUAAUGACGCUAGCUGUGACAUCUCAGCAGACGGACAGCUGCUGGCUGUAUUUAUUCCAAGCAGUCAGAGGGGUUUCCCUGAUGAGGGGAUCUUGGCUGUGUACUCCCUCGCUCCACACAACUUAGGAGAGAUGCUCUACACCAAGAGAUUUGGUCCGAAUGCUAUCUCUGUCAGCUUGUCUCCGAUGGGUCGGUACGUGAUGGUGGGUCUGGCGUCUCGCCGUAUCCUGCUGCACCAGAUCAAUGAUCACAUGGUGGCACAGGUCUUUAGACUGCAGCAGCCCCACGUUGGAGAGACGUCUAUGAGGAGGGUGUUUGAUGUAGUAUAUCCAAUGGCCUCAGACCAGCGGAGGCACGUCAGUAUUAAUUCUGCUCGUUGGCUGCCAGAACCAGGGCUUGGACUUGCUUAUGGAACCAACAAAGGAGAUUUGAUCAUCUGCAGACCUGUUGAUGUGCAUUCAGAUUGCGGCAGCAAUUCUGAACGCUCUGAGACAAUGUUCACCAUCAAUAAUGGUGGAGGGGUUGGCACCAGUAGCAGCAGGGGUAGAGAGAGGGCAGGGAACAGCAGGACUGAUUGGCGGUCUCAAAGAGAGAUGGGCCUGAUGAAUGCGAUUGGUCUCCAGCCACGACACCCGGCCCCCACUGUUACAUCACAGGGGACGCAGACACUACAGCUACAGAACACAGAGACGCAAACGGACUAUGACCUAGAGGAUGAACCCCAGCAGCCCAGCACUUCUCAGGGGUCACAGGUCACUGAUGCCACAGACUCCCUGGAUUUAGAUACUCUGCCAGAGGAUUCUGGGUCUGAGGUGGUACCAGAGACACCACCCCACAGUCGACCUCAGGAAGAUGAAGGGUCAGAUCCCACUGAACACAGCACAGACAGCACAGGUCAGGCUGAGUAUGUUUCUCAUAUCCGAAGGUUAAUGGCCGAGGGAGGGAUGACUGCAGUCGUCCAGCGGGAGCAGAGCACUACAAUGGCUUCCAUGGGCAGCUUUGGCAACAACAUUAUUGUCAGUCACCGUAUCCACCGUGGCUCCCAAACAGGAGUGGAUGUGCAGAGCCGUACCCAUUCGUGUCCUGCCCCUGGGCCCUCUAGUACCCCUGUGUCUUUGGCAGAAGCUGCAGGUUUCUGCUCCCGUGUCCUUUCCAACACACUGGGACUUCAUACCAAUACAGCUCAGGGAUCUUCUGCAGAGGAGAGACUUCACUCUUCCCUCCUUUUACAGGACUUUUCUCCUCUUUUCUCAUCAGCUGGAGAUGCAAAUGGACCACCUGCUUCCAUGGAAACAGACAGUGUCUUGGAGGGGGAGGAGCUCCAAGACCUUGCAUCCCUCUCACCAUCUUUACUGUCUUCCUCACCCUCUCUUUCUCCAGUGAAUAACAAUAACUACAGCAGCAGUGAUAGUAGUUAUCAUGGAGAUGAGUAUGGGCGGUAACAGGGGCGGAGUCAAACCUCAUUAUAGUCUAGAAUAGAGUCUGUCACAUAAUAGAAAAGUACAGAAUUAUUUGCACUUGACCCUUGCGUUCACCUCUCUUUUCGCUAUCAGCGUUCAAACUGUGCAUCUGCUUUGACUUACGAAAAAGAAAUAGGAUGAGAAAAAGUGUCUUGGAAAGGGUUGCAGAAGUGUUUCCUGUUCAGUAGCUCAAAACAGCCAUUCCAUGUUCAACCUGAAUCACUCAAAAGGCCCUGUGUGUACACUGUAGCAUUACUAUUUUGCCUGUGUGUGCAUUGUUUUUUUUUAUUUUGUUUUUUAUGUGGAUGGCAGAGAGACAGCAGGUAAAAGUUUGCAGCUCUCUAAAGCAGAGAUUACUAAACUGCCAAAGUUGGGAUAGCAAAAUAGAGGAACCUUAGUUAAACUGGUCACUUUUUUGUUUAUUUGUAGAUAAAGGUGAUGUUUUGCUCCUCCAGUUUCUCUUUUGAAUGUUAUUUCAAACUUUCAGAUGCUAUUGGAAUCUGCUGCUCUGACCAGAGAAGUAAAUCUGUCUCAGAAAGGCCUGUUGGAGUCUAGGUUACAUUCACAACUGUUUGCCCAAGACUAAAAAACAGAAAGAUGGCUUUGUUUGUUCCCCUACCUGUAAACAGUAAGUGGUCCUCGGAAGUGCCAGAACACAAUAUGAGAAACCUCACACUCAGAUACUUGAGCUCAGCAGGGAAUACAGCAAAGUCUGACUGACGUGUGUACUGUAUGUGCACAUGUGGACGUGAGAGAGACACUAACCCAGUUCUGUCAGGGACUGUAGAUUUUAAAAGCCUAUUGAAAGUUAAGCAGACACCUGACAACAUUUGUGUUGCAUUCUAUUGCUUUUAUUUCUUUUGUAGUGCUCUGGUUCAGAUCUGCUCUCUCAUUAAACUGUUCUGAGGGGGUGUGUGUUCGGAGAGUCCAUGGCCUUUUGAAUUUCAGAAUUUAAGGCACAUUGUGGCUAAAGUAGUUGUAGUUAUUGACAGGCUGUCCACACACCAAAUUCUAAAUGGAUAAAGACUAAAGAUUAAAAUAUCUGAUCUGUUUAAGUGUACUUUUAUGUGGAUGUGUGAUCUUAAGAAGGGGCUUCAUAGUAGGAUGUUGGCAAAUGGUCUCAUGGAUAUCUGUGUGAAUGUUUUUGUGAGAUUUUAUUCUGUAUUUGCAGCUUAAUUAAUUAUUUUCUGUAAUAACAUGGAGAGGCUCUCCUAGCCUUUUGUUUUCUUUUUGAAAACCACUUUAUCCUGUAAGUGAAUGUCUGGCAGUGUCCUGAAUCAAUAGAGCAUGACACUCCUCUUUGGUAAACAGUUUAACCUUUGCUUUUAGAAGUCAGCUCACUGGCCUCUCCUUUACAGUUAAAAAAAAAAAAAAAGGUUACAUUUUAGUACUCUUUCUGCACUUGGUGUGUGGAGGACUGAAAGAAAUUGCAGCAACUGUUUUUGUCAUGUGCACUCUUCUGAUGGUUUAUGUACUUAAAGCUACACUAUGUAACUUUUUUGUUUUUUUUUUGUUAAAAAAUAAAUUGUUACUAAUGAGAGAGUGCAACAAAAUCCAUCUUCCAAACCAUGUCUUUACCCAAAUACACUUUGAUAAACCUAGAAUAAUGAUUUAUAUUUUAGAGCUGUCGGGACGGAUUUCACGGGAAAUUGCAUAUAUACAGCACAUCAUUCGCCCAUGUGUUUACGUCGUAUCCGUACACAAAGAAAAUAAGCUCCAGCUACUGUAGAGCGUGUAUGGUAUGGGAGUAGCGUGAACCUGAAAGUUUGUUGUCACAACGAACGAGAAAAAUUGACCAUGGAUCAUUCAAAACAGCAAGCCUCCGGGAAUAACACCUGUUGUAAAAACAAAGAAACCCCGAACAGAGAAGAGUCUACAAACAAAAAGGGAAAGCGACAGAGUCCGUAAUAAAACCCGAAUCAACAUCGGCUUGGCUUUUCAGAGGUGGCGACAACUGAAAGGAUUUAAAAGCAACGCAGAGAUGGCUUUUUUCUUACUCAACAGAUAAUGUAUAGUUGUGUAACACUGUGUAACAAAUUUUCUAUUUUGUUUUUUCUGGGUAGUAAGUGUUAUUUCCUAAUUGCUUAUGCCUCAAAAGUACAGA